GCAGUUGUAUUUGUGACCGACGGAUUGGACUGCGGUAAUUGAUGUAAAUUGAGGAGUGGUGACUCAAAUUUAGAGCUUUUCAAGGUCUACCUUAAAACCACAAACUUUCCUUGACAGAAAAAGUUGUCGGAAGUGGACCAAUCUCCGCAUCACCAUCAUUCAAAAAAAUGCAAGAUUAUCGUUUGAUUCAAGCCACAGCUCCGAGGAAUUGAUUGGUCAUUUCAUGCAAAACAGGCUUCGUUUUCAGGAGCGCCUCAAAGUUUAGUGCGCUUCCCAGACUAAACCGGUUAGUCAAGAUGUCCGAGGCAGAGGGAUACUAAAAGGUUGGAAACUAUUGAUCCAUAUGCUUCCAUCGUUAAAGGACACGUCUUGGAAGCCAUUUUGAGAGGAAUGAUGGGUGUGGUUCAGCUGCUAAAGUCCCAGUUCGUGUGUCACCUGAUCAUCUGCUACGUCUUCUUGGCUAGCGGUCUUCUUAUCAACCUAUUACAGGUCUGCACGCUCCCGCUCUGGCCAAUCAACAAGCAGCUGGCUCGCAGGAUCAACUGCAGGCUGGGGUACUCCUUAGCUAGCCAGAUGGUGGCAGUGCUGGAGUGGUGGUCCGGGACUGAGUGCACGUUGCACACGGACCCCGAGAGCUUCCAACUGUACGGCAAGGAGAGUGCCAUCGUUGUCCUCAACCACAACUUUGAGAUCGACUUCCUGUGCGGCUGGACCUUCUGUGAGAGGUUCGGGGUUCUCGGGAGCUCCAAGGUGUUGGCCAAGAAGGAGCUGGCAUACGUGCCUCUGAUUGGCUGGAUGUGGUACUUCCAGGAGAUUGUGUUCUGUAAGAGGAAGUGGGAGGAGGAUCGCAGAACUGUGGCCCAGAGUCUGCAGAACCUCAGAGACUACCCAGAGAAGUUCUGGUUCCUGCUGCACUGUGAGGGGACCCGCUUCACCCCGGAGAAGCACCGUGCCAGCAUGCAGGUGGCCCAGAGCAAGGGCCUGCCCAGCCUGAAGCACCACCUCCUGCCCCGCACCCGGGGCUUCUGGGUGACCGUCCAGAACCUCAGGGGAACUGUCGCUGCAGUUUACGAUUCCACGCUGAACUUCCGGAACAACGAGAACCCCACGUUGCUGGGACUGCUCAACGGGAAGAAGUAUCACGCAGAUUUAUAUGUAAGGAGAAUUCCGCUGGAGUUGGUCCCUGAAGAUGAGGCAGAGUGCUCUGCUUGGCUCCACAAGCUCUACCAGGAAAAGGACCAGUUCCAGGAGCUUUACGCCCAGACCGGCCGGUUCCCAGGGCCCACACUGAGCCUCCCUCGUCGGGCCUGGUCCUUACUCAACUGGCUGGUCUGGGCGGGCCUGCUGCUCUACCCCUUGGGCCUGGUGUUGGCGCAGCUGGUCCAGUCCGGGUCCACCUGCAGCGUCCUGGCCUCCCUCUGCCUGUGCUCCAUGGCUUCAGCAGGAGUGCGCUGGAUGAUCGGACAGACAGAGAUCAACAGGGGCUCCAGCUACGGGGUAAAGGAGAGCAACACCUCGAACAACUGAGAUUUUACCUGCCCUCAAACCCGACCUGUCUACGCCUAAACAAUCCUGAGGCUUCAAACCAAACCUGCCUGCACACUGAAUAUGCCGAUGCCAAAGGCCCUCAUCUGCCCUGAAGCAGUCGAGUAGAACCAGACCAGCCCCACCGGACCACAGGUCUGCAGGCUGCAGAUAGACCGUUGUUCAGCUUAAUAAAAUGGUCAGCUGUGUUUCUUAUGGGUACUGUCUGUACAUGUUUUGUCUGCAUGUUUGCAGAAAAAGCUUUGAUUUAUUUCUACUCCUAGUAAAAACAAAUUCAUUUCAAACCACAGAUACUGCAUACAUGAUGCUGUACUUUCUACAUGCACUAUUUUGUCUGUUGCUUUGAAGAAAAUAAAGUACGACGUGAAAUAAACAUGUAA